AGAAGACGGCCUGGCGAAGGAGGAAGUACCGGUAAAUCACCAUGAGUCAGACAGCGGAGACCCAUAGGUAGCAAGCUUCAGUUAAAAAUACUUUCAUACCAGUAACUCAUCUCUUGUCUCCCACUCAUGGCGGAAUUUGGCGGAGGCAGCGGCCGCCAAACUGAAGAACACGACGGGACAAAGAGCCGAAAUGUCCCCGAGCCCGUGUGCGCGGCAGGUGACCCCGCGGUGACGGUCCCUCGAGAUCGCUGGUCCUCAAAUCACUCACAGAAGAAAAAGUUAGUCCUGCAUGUCGACCUCAACAACACCAUACUGGUGUCGGACGCCGUGACGGGUCAGGGGACUGUAUCGGCUCUGGACUAUUUCCUCACAACCGUCACCUGGGGAAAGAUGAACAAACAUGGAAAAUGGGAAUGGCUGAGUGACGCGCCUUCCCUGCUCCCACCGUGCGGGGACGCUGUUAGUUACUACUCUCAGUUUGGGCGGAUACCCGGUUUCACCUCUGCUGCAGGGCAGCGUUUCCGCGGGGUUCUGAAGGAACAUCUGGAUCUGCUCCGCUGGCCCGAGGGCAUCAAGGGAGACGGAGAGCUCUCUGUAAAAGGAGAGGAUGGACGACUGUACCACUGGAUCCUGCCUUCCUUCUUCUACCUGCUCAAAGACCUGGUGCAGGAAGGACGGGAAUUUGCCAUACUGUUUCGUACGUUUGGAACCGACCUACCUCGUGUGCUAAGAGCUGUAUACAGAGCACUAAAUGAAGGGGCUCAUCCACUGUUCCCUGAUCUGCCUGAUCUGAAGUUAAAUGUGAAUAUGACUCCAGGCAAGAUCCGCUGUAGCAAGAGGGGAACUGCCCUGAGUCGAGCCGAGGACCGCGUGUCGACACGGGACGGAGAGAGAGGCCUGUAUCAUUACUUGAGCUCAGUCCAGGGCUUGGGAGGCUUUCAGGACCACUUUGACUGGUGGGCUAGUAAUACCUUCUCCAUCCGUGGGGGGAAGCCGUUGUGGGUCGACCCCUUUGACCAGCACGUUCAGCACAUCUUCAUAGAUGACAACAUACGACAGAACGACGAGGACACCAUUGUUAAUCCCAAGGUUUUCUUGGACCCAGAUGGCGAUGAGACUCGUAUAGCCUGCACCUCCGAGCUGUAUGACAUCACCUUGGUCCAGACCGACCUCCUCCGGGCCAUCUCGGACCCCAACUACUUCACUCAGCGUAUCCACAUCUGUUUGGAAAACUAUGAGAGGAAUCUCCAGCAGGGGGCAGGCUAAAACGCACUUUGUCUAAGUGACAAACUCCGAUUUUGGCUACAAUAAACCCUAUUACCACCAUACCAGCACAGACGGAUGACACGGUAGACUGUAAAUAGGAUUAUUUACACAAAGGUUGAAGAUUUAUCGAAGGACUUGAGUUCAUCGAAACAGAAAUGUAAGAACAUUACAUCUGGAGGAAGGUUACUUGAACGAGGGAUCACUGUUACUAUCUUCUGAUCAGAUCUGCCAAAAAAUUUCCAGAAGGACAAACUAAAUGCACUUUGGUGAGAUUUAGAAGGGUGGCAGCUAGAUAAGUGGGAUUUGAAUUCAUCUCAAAUGGCUUAAAUACCACACAUACUUCAUCUACUCCAGGACGGCAACAAAAACGAUGUCAGCUUAUAAAAAGAGAACUUCACAGAGCGACUGUACUGUGGCAAAACCAGACUCUUUGUUUGCAGCUCUGGCUCUGACUAUAGACGCCAAAGGAUAAUUGCCCUAACUCUGUGAAAUUUGUGUCAGACAGCAUGAUUGGGGUCAGAUAUGGUCAAAAAUGUUGCAUUGGUUGUCUAGACAGUAGAAUCCGCCAGCGUUCUGCUUCUGCUCCUCAUUUGUUAUACUCAGGGCGUGACACUCUCCCUUAGAUUGCUAGGAAGUUUGACUUGAACUCGGCCAGCGUCAGCACUGGUUACAUCCACUCAGAACUGGAAGGUAAAACUUGACAGAAAAAGCAUCUGAUUGCUGAAUAUAACUGUGCCACUUCAGGGUGACACUUCAUACGCACAUUAUGAGUGCUUAGUAGUCCGAACAUGACUCUUCAUGACAUUUGGCUCAAACUCUGAGCUUGAGCUACUGUCUGGUGUGACUGCAUUGUUAGAAGGAAUGACAAAACGCACCAUGUUAGGUUUAUAACCAUACCUACCAUUUCUUGAUGUAGUCAGUAAAGAGUAAUCCACAUCGACGGAGGAUUUUUCAGAGCCGUUUGAUCGUACAAAGAAAUAUCUUCUGGAAGGCACUGAAACAUAAUUAGGUGGAAGAUGAGUUUGGGAUGUGUUUUUGCACUGAAUUAUUUACUGCAGUUCUUCUUAUUUGAUAGCACCCUUGUGUGAAACAUUUAAUAAGCCAAAUGUGUGUGGAAGUUGUGGUAAUUGUUGCUUUUAGGGUUUUAGGAGAUAUUAACUGUUAAGCUUCCAGGGAGAUUUUUAAUUGCUUUGUUUUCCUCAGGUCAGUUUUAGAGAGACAGCUGAAUGCAAACUACCAAUAUUCUGAAGAACAAUAAUCAAAGGCGGGCUUUUGAGGACCACUGAAAACGGCGGAGGGAUGAUACCUGUGUCGGAUUAAGUGAUUAAGUGCAUGUGAAAAAUACAAAGCCAAAGCUGGGAUGGAAAGCUUUGCUGGAGGUGGUAACAUUACAGUGUUUUACUACUGCUUUGGCUCAGUUUUCACAACUGAGUUCCAGUUCACAAAACUCCUAAAAGCAAAAUGCUCUGCUACUAAUUGUUCCUCAAAAUCUGACGUAAGAUGCAAAAUUAAAAUAUCUGUACCAAAUGAGGCAAUGCAUCGUGCAGCGAGUUUAUCAGAGCAUCACAACAUUGUGUGUGUUUAUGACGGAAUUGUAAUAAUUGUUGCAUUGAAUGGUAAUUUAUCAAAUAAUGUUGUCGAACAGUAACUCCAUCAAUUCUCAUCAAAACAGAGUCUGCAGGAGUCAUUCAAGAUUACAAUACUGAUGAGGGAAAUGUGCAGUUUUGCAGAGGUCAGUUGAAAUGGGGAAUAGUAAGCAUGACUUUUGAAAACUUAUAGUUUAAUAUACUGUUACUGUAAAUAUAGAUAUUGAAGAUUUUACUAGAGUAAACCCUACAUUCAUUCAAUGCAAAAUGAUUCCUUUACUGAAUCAGUUAACUUUUUCUGAUCUGCAUCCCAAACGUAUUAUCCAAGACACCAAAUCUUAGAUAUUUUGAUAACUUGUAGAAGUUUGAUCAUCUAAAAUAUAGUACGCUACAGUAAUACUGUAUUUCUGAGAGGAGCAAACACACGCUUCAUUGAUGCAACGAUCUGUGUGCUUAGUAAGGAGCAGUGAAACUAAAAACAACGAAGCUCAUAUCAGGAGGUUUUAUUCUAAAGACACAGCCUGUGUCUUAGGGAUUUGCACUGUGUAUGUAAGGACAGCAUUUUGUGGGAAGGGUUAUAAUUGAGAGAGUCAGUUUAGCUCUUUUGGACUCUGAAGCUCUCCCCUGAAAACUUAGCAGUUCUAAAAUACUGUAAUAAUGUGCAUUGACGUCACAUCCAGACCACACGGUUAUCAUUCAUUCUGAUGCCGCCCUGCCUUUGAAUGCCCAUCCCGUCAAAGCUUGAAAUGUUUCAUUUAUUUAUUCUUCUGAUGUUAAAUGCUGCCAU